AUGAGGGUAGCAGAAGGAAGGACAUUGGUACAGCUAGUGAUUUCACUCCUCGUGUCAGGGUUCCAGGCUGUAGGUGAGGAGGUGGAGGAGGAGCUGAAGUGUCUAGUGGAAGGAGACAAUCUGAGCUCCCCUUACAACAUCAUGAAAUAUGCCACCAGCCUGAAGGUUUGGCAGUGGCUGGACAGCUGCAAUUCCCCAGAGACUCUGGUGCACAUGGAGACCAGAAACAAAUUCCAAAACUGGGCUCAGUCUGGGAGGUAUGUGCUGGAGGAUUGUCCCAAUGAAGCCACCUUCAGGGUCACGAUGAUGGAGUUGCGGAGGCAGGAUGUGGAACUGUACCAGUGCAUGGUCUACCUCUUCUUCCAGCAAGUGGUUGUCUUAUAUCAGAGCUAG